AUUCUUACUUGAAUAAGAUUUCUUGCAUUGCUAACAAACUGCAGGGUUUACACGCAAAGUCGAGUGUUUACAUGCAUACUACUAAUUGACAUUUGGAUUGUCAUUUGAAGCAUAUAGUAGAAUUUCCGGGUAAAACAUCUUAGUUGCACGUGAAUAUCGCAAAGCAGUGAUCGGCAGUGAUCAAUUUCAAUAUCGAAAGGAUAAAUAAUUAUAAUUGCCACUUUAUAAUAGUUAAUAAUUAUUUUAUCAGCUCUUUAUUUCAUAUCCUGAAAAAUGGCUAACGAAAUUAUGAGUCAAUAUGGUGAAAUUGAUGAAACACACGAAAUUCUUCAGCGGUACACCCGUUUGUACAUGAACGAUAAACACUCAGAUGUGAUUAUUGUUGUUGAUGACAACAAAAUACCGGCACACAAACUUAUUUUAUCGGCGAGCAGUUCAUAUUUUCAUGCAUUAUUUUCUAAUGGUCUUGUUGAAACAUCAAAAAAUGAGAUCAAAUUACAGGUGCCUUUGGAUGCAUUUAAAACUAUCUUGAAGUACAUUUACACUGGUCGCAUAUCGUUUGUUAAUUUGAAUGUGGGCCAAAUAACUGAUCUUUUUGAUUUGGCCAACAUGUACCAGUUCGAUUCAUUGAAAGGGGCCAUUUCAAAGUACUUGAAUCAUACUAUAUCAAUUGAAAAUUGUCAUUCCAUUCUGCAUUUUUCGAAUUUGUAUUCGUUGGAAAGCCUAAGAAACGAUUGUCUCAACUUUAUUGACAACAAUGCUAUCGACUUCUUGAACCAAGAAACAUUAAAGGAAAUACCUCAAGAUAUGUUAUGCGAUUUAUUGAAAAGAGACACAUUUUACGUACCAGAAAUUGACAUUUUUAAUGCAAUGAAGAUUUGGCAUGAGGCCAAUCCAAAUGCUGAUAUCAAGGUUAUUCUCUCAGAAAUACGGUGGUCGUUUAUAAGUAUGAAUGAAAUGAUUAAAAUCGUCGUACCAAGCAAAAUUUUGGAUUUGACACAAAUGUGGGCUCUGUUCGAAAAAUACCAUGAUUCUAGUACACCUGCACGUUGUGCCCCUACUUCUAGUAUUUCUAGUUUGAGAGAAGUAAAUAUUGCAACGGCUGAACAUGGUGCGAAAAGAAUAUCUGGCGAGAGAUGGAAUGGGCUUUUUGAACAAAAUGUAGCACAUCAUUCGAUCAACUAUCCUGGUAACGGCAUAACUAUACAACUUGGAAAAAUUAGCCUGAUAAACCACAUAAAAUUCUCAUUGUAUAGUGAAAACAAUUUUUCAUAUCGUGUGUAUACAUCAAUUGAUGGGACUAAAUUCGAUAGUUUGGUAGACUAUUCAACCUAUUCAUGUCGUUCCUGGCAGUUCCUUUACUUUCCGACACGAUAUGUUCAAUAUAUUCGUUUGAUUGGGAUGCGUUCAACUGACGAUUACUUUUAUGUAAAUGAAUUUGAAGCAAUGCAAAAAGAGAAAGUGCCGGAAAUCGUCGAUGGUCUUGUUAAACCAGCAAUUAAUGUUGCAACGACCGAAAGAGGGGCAGUUGUUCUUGAAGGAGGGGGUGCUAACAAAAUGCUCAACAGUAAUUUAGAUGAAUUUACUUGUCAUGACAUAAACAACGGUUCCAUUAUAGUACAGUUGGGUCAACCAUACCAUAUUGGAUCGUUUCGAUUGUUGUUAGGAAAUAAACUAUCUUCCUCAAGUGGAAAUUCCUUUUAUAUUGAAACAUCAUUGGACAAAAGUACGUGGGAGAUGGCAGUUGAUAAACGGAAUGAGAGUUUGGCAUCAUCAUGGCAUCAAUUUGAAUUCGCUGCACGCCCAGUUAUUUUCAUUAAAAUUACUGGAACUCAAGGAACUUUAAAUAUUUUUUCGUGCACACAAUUUGAGUGUCCAUCAAGUGUCCAGAAAUGAUUCAAUGCAAAUCAACUAAAAUAUCAAAAACCAAACGAUGAAGCGUGCUUCUUUAUCUUAAUUAUGCUGUACUAUCGGGUAUAUCAUACAAAUUUAAGAAUCUUUGAAACAAUAUAUGCAUUUUAUGAGCAAUCAAUUUUUAUAAACUAUU